UCUUGACUCACAGGAUGAACGCCCUCCGAACUCUGUUUCUCUUGGCCACCUGCCUCUCUGUGGGUGAGUCGCUCAACCAGUUCAGGAAAGGUAUCCAGUGCCUGGUGCCCGACAGCUCGCCGGUUUUGGACUACUCUCACUACGGCUGCUACUGUGGAUGGGGAGGCUCUGGCACGCCUGUGGACAAACUGGACAGGUGCUGCCAAGUGCACGACAAGUGUUAUGAUGACGCCAAGCAGCUCGAACAAUGCUGGGGCAUCUUCGACAACCCUUACACCGAGGUCUACGCCUACAGCUGUGACGAAGCGAGCAAGAUGAUCACCUGUGGCGAGAACAACAAUGCAUGUGAGAUGUUCAUCUGCGAGUGUGACAGGAAGGCCGCCGACUGUUUCGCCAGAUCGCCUUAUAACGCCGAGAACAAGCGACUGCCCAGCGAGCGAUGUCAGUAG